CGUAUUUAUUACGCAACGGAAAUUGAAAGACGAGUGCAAAUUUUAAAUUCGUAGUAUUCAGAUUCGCUAUUUCAGUAUCAAACGGAAAGUGCAAGUGCAACAACGCAAAAAAAAAAUGUUCUCCCUUCUCGAACUGCCACCACAAGAAGAUCCAAAUCCUCUGCCACUAACUAGCAGUCCAUGGCCCAUCCUGAUAAUACUAGCUGUAUAUAUGCUAUUCGUGCUGAAACUUGGCAAGAUAUUUAUGAGAAAUCGAGAACCAUAUAAACUACAGCGAGUGUUACGUAUCUACAAUUUAAUACAGGUGGCCUACAAUGGCAUCUUCUUUGGAGUGACAUUUUAUUAUUUGGUUGUGCGGGUUAUUUGCAAUCCACGCUGCAUGGAGACAUUUCCCUUUGGACAUGAGCACAAAAAUCUCGAGCGUUAUGUGCACUUUGCAUAUUUCUUCAACAAAAUUCUUGACCUACUGGACACCGUGUUCUUUGUGCUGCGCAAGAAAUACAAACAGAUCAGUUUCUUGCAUGUCUACCAUCAUGCCAUCGUCUUGUUCAUCUGCUAUGCAACGAUGCGCUUUUAUGGAACUGGCGGACACCUCAAUUCCGUCGGAUUGCUUAACUCCUUUGUGCAUGCUGUGAUGUAUUUCUAUUACUUUCUAUCCGCUGAGCGGCCUGGUGUCAAGGCCAGCAUUUGGUGGAAGAAGUAUAUAACGAUAAUUCAGCUUAUUCAAUUUGUUCUCGCCUUCAUUCAUGCCUCCUACGUAUUGAUCUUCUCACGAGGAUGUGGCUACCCACGCUGCUUACUGAUUUUGCUGGUUGUUCAAUCGCUAGUCUUUAUGUACAUGUUUGGCAAAUUCUAUUAUAUCACCUAUAUUAGAGCAGCGCAGAAAAAGCAAAAGCAGAGCUAGACGACAAAGUUCAGUUGAUUAAAGCUAAACAUUCAAAAUGCAAUCGCAUUGAACCUAGGUGCAUUAUAAUCCAGAGUAGCUCAGUUGGAUAAGCUUUAAGUAUGUUAGAUAAGACCAUUUACUUAUUUUGUAAAUAAGCUUGUACUGCAUUGAUUUUGCAUUAUAAAUAAACUC